AAAAGUGCUUAACAUAUGUGGGUAGGAUUGCAACAAAAAGCACCUUUUAUCAUUAUUAAUUUUUGGCGCGUUCCACCGAGUCACGACUAUAACACACUCAGAUGCGAUCUCCACAUUUAUCAUCCUUUUCUAUCGUAUAUUUUUUUAAAAGCCCUUGUACUCUCGGAGGAAGAAGGCGACUACGUUAUCACGAGUUCCCUGCCGCCAUCUUCCUCUACCUGGCCUGUAAGUAUAAAAACUCACAACGUUCGAAUGCACCUUUGCUGUGGAUUCGAACUGUAUCAGACGAAAAAGCGACGCUGUGGCCUCAGCACUCUUCCAAACAUGACGAGACUUACGUUGGUUUGUUUGUCCAUUUGUCUGCUAGUGUCUGUGUACGAUGUCCAGUCCGCUGCAGUUUUGGAAUCGGGAGUCAGAGUCACUGACGCCGCCAAGGUGGUGAUUGACAAAAUCAAGGCCGGCAAGGAUUUUCGCUACGGUGUAUUCCUCGUUAAAAACGAGACGCUCAUUGAUGUUGAAUCGACAGGCAGCCGCACUGCGAGUUACGAUGAAUAUUUGAAACAUUUGAAGGCUGUCAAACCAACAGGAAAAGAAUGCCGUUAUGGUGUUCUCGAUGUCGAAUUUCAGUGCAAAUCUUCUCCAGAUAAGAAGAGAGACAAACUUGUUUUGAUGUCUUGGUGCCCCGAUGAAGUUAAAGUGCGAUCUAAGUUUAUUCACGCCGCCUCCGUAGAAGGUAUGAAGAAGGCUGUUCCAGGAAUUUCCGCCUUUGUUCAGGCCAGCGAUGAUGAGCAAGCUUCCAUGCCAUCGGUUCAAGAUAAGCUCACAAGGACAGUGACCGCUUGUUAACCGAAAUGCGAAAAAAUACCUGCUGGAACUAAAACAAUCAGAAUUUUUAUCCCUUUUGCUGUGUUAGAAUUACGCAUUUUUCCCGCCUAUUUUCAAAAUAAAUUGAAACGUAUUA